UAUAAGUAUUCAGACCCUUUUUGUGUAGUAAACAGUCACAGAGCAAAAAUGGAAGAAGCAAAGCAUAUUGAAGCUGGGGAAGCACAACGGAUCGAAGCAGGGGAAGCAAAGCAUAUUCAAGCUAGGGAAGCACAAGGGACUGAAGCUGGGGAAAGUUCAAGAUCAUCUAGGAAAGUUAUUACUUUUGAGCCAAAGUUGGUUAUAAACAAAGGAAUAUCGGUUCUUGGAUUCAUUCUGCGGUUAUUUGCUGUUUUUGGAACAAUAGGAAGCGCACUCGCCAUGGGAACAACACAUGAAUCUGUUGUCUCUUUGAGCCAGCUCGUACUUCUAAAAGCUAAAUACAGCGACUUACCAACCCUCAUGUUUUUCGUGGUUGCCAACGCGAUUGCUGGUGGAUAUUUGGUUCUUUCUCUACCCGUGUGUAUCUUUCAUAUCUUCAGUACUAAAGCUAAAACAUCAAGAAUCAUCUUGCUCGUCAUCGACACGGUGAUGUUGGCUCUGGUGAGCUCUGGCGCAUCAGCAGCAACUGCGACCGUGUAUUUAGCUCACGAGGGCAACACAACCGCUAAUUGGCCACCUAUAUGCCAGCAAUUUGACAAAUUCUGCGAACGCAUCUCGGGAUCUCUCAUCGGUUCUUUCGGAGCAUUGAUCUUGCUCAUGCUUAUUGUUAUCAAUUCUGCUAUCUCCCUCUCACGCCACUAAGAUAUCUAUGCACAUAUGUAUAUCGAUCUGAUUUUGCAUAGAAACCACGAUGUAAUGUGUCUUGCAUCUACACUAAUUUAAGGUCUUUAAAUUUAUAUCCAAUGUAAUGUCAUAUAUAAAGAGUUCAGAAAUUUCUUUAUGAA